AUGGCUCUGGCCAAUUCUUUCCUAAGCCAGGCCCAGUACGGGCAAGAUUGGGUUGUGGCUACUACCGAGAAUGCCAUCAAUGCAGCCAUGGUCGGCUACCUGCGCUCCAUGGAACAGCCAACUGUCCGAAUGGCCUGGGUUCAGGACUGGGAAAACCACGGGAAUGAGGUCAUCAUGGAAUGGGAUGAAUUGAUGAUCGAAUUCAACAACACGGACCCGUUCGACGUGGCAGAUCUCACCACGGACUCUCCCGAGUGGGACAUUCUCUAUUACAGCAAUCUGCGGUACAGCUUUUACGCCGCCUUCCGUGCCCAGGCCGGCAUCAAGUUGCCCGACGACGCGACUCUUGAGGACGCCGCCUCCAUCCCCGACGUGGUCAGCCUCAACACGCCCGCCACCGGCAUCGACUACAUCAUUCGCUGCUCCGACUUUGAGCUGGCUUGGACCGCGGACUUGGAUCGCGGCAGGAAAGGCAUGCGCCGCGAGAGCCAGCCGCUCGACGACCCCUGGCUCUUCCAUACCAAGGUCGACCUCAGCAUGGAUACCAUCAAGAACGGCUCCUCGUUCGAGUCGCUUCCGCAGGAGAUGCAGGACGCCAUCCAGAACCUCGACGGCCGCCCCUACAGCAUCGCCCAGCUACUCUACAACUUCCAGAGCCCUACCCUAACUUCAGUGCCCACCGUCAACCCCGACGUGGGUCUCGACAUCCAGAGCAAGCUCAACACCUUCUUCCUCACCGAGUACUUUCAGACGAUCUCGAGCCAAGGCGUUCCCAUACUCGGCGCCGUCGUCAUCGAGGAUGACGGCAACGCCCCCGAGGCCACUUUCCCCCUGACGGGCAUGAAGAUUGGAGUCAACCCCUUUCUCGGCGGCGAUGGCGCCAUCGACCCGGACCUGUCCAAGCUCACCACCCUCAACUACCUCUGCGUCACGGGCGACCGCGAGACCCAGGACGUCAACAAUAACAGGUUCGGGUGGAACUGGCUCGAGAAUUUCGAGGCCGACGACUACCAUGGCGUCGUCGCCAUCAACGGCCACACCCUCGCCAACUACUUCAAGGACGAACUGCUACCGCACGUCCAGAGCAACUGCCUGCGUCCCUACGCCGACCUGCAUGACGACGGUCCUUUCCAGGCGCAGCUGGUAACCAAUAUGUUCCCCGGGAACAACCCCGACGUCGUAGUCAAUAUCGAAAACGGUGACACCCCCGUCGUCGAGUUUACCUACGAAGACAGCGACACGGACAAGAUGCGAGUCGGGGUGUUCCACACCUUCAGGGUCGAACUGAAAACCACAUACAGCAUGAGGCUGGAGUUCGAGCGCAACAGCAUUGUUGCCACGCAGAGGGCGCGCACCUACCUCAGCAUCGAGGGCGCCUUCAACGUCAAGGAGAGCGGCUGGGUCGUGGACCGGACCAUUGUCGAUACGUACGACAUUGGCGUCGCCAAUGGCCAGCUGACCGCCGAGAUCACCGAGGGCCUGCCCGAUGACAAGGGCGUGAACCUUAACUUUAACGGCUGGGAUGAGUUCUGGGGGAGCACCGGCCUCAACGACGCCGUCGACGACAUCCGCGCCUGGGCCGGCGAGAUGACCAGCAUUCACCUCACCAACAGCCCCCCAGAGCUCGCCAACGCCAUUCGUAGUUACGUCUUCCCCGGUGGGCGCGAGUUUACAUUUGCCAAAGCCGAGUUUUCCGACUACAAGGACUUGCUUGCAUACAUCACGUACGCAGCCCCUUCCUAG